AUGUCUCACUCCCAGUACGAAAUACCCGCCGAGCUCAACAAUCUGCUGAUUGACUUCACCGUCAGCGUCCUUGUGAAUCGACCGUCAGAUCUGGUGGAGUACGCGGCGGCACACUUUAACCGGCUCCUCGAGGAGCGCCGCAAUUCAGUGGCCACCAAUCACAGUGCGCUUGGCAACCACUGCAACGACGAGGAAAAUGAUAAUGACUCAACUUCGAGCGAUAUAAAACCUCCAGCAAGAUUAUCGUUCACCAGACGCAAAUCAGUGUUUGCUGAACAUUACGACCCGGAAGAAGAUGAAGAAGAAGUGGAAAAGAUUGUUCACCCAAAGAGCGACGUGCAAAGACAACGUCUAAGUGAAGCAAUCAAGAACAUUCUUCUCUUUCGGUCUCUAGAACCGAGUGAAAUGGGCGAAGUUAUCGAUGCCAUGUUCGAGCGAAAAGUUGAGUCUGGGGAGAUGGUCAUCCGACAAGGCGAUGACGGUGACUUUUUCUACGUCAUAUCGGAUGGCACAUUUUCUAUAGUUGUUUCUAACGAUGAUGGCACUGAAAAAGAAGUUGGCAAGUACGUCGGUAGUGGAAGUUUCGGUGAGUUGGCACUGAUGUACAAUAUGCCCCGAGCGGCUACAGUGCGAGCCAUCACAAAAGGCUCCUUGUGGGCAAUGAACCGCAGUACAUUCAGACGAAUUGUUCUUAAGCGAGCGUUUAUGAAGCGUAAAGAGUACGAGUCAUUCAUCGAAAAGGUGGAAAUUUUCAAGCAACUCGAGUAUUAUGAGAAAAUGUCUCUCAGCGACGCAUUUCUGGCCCGUAAUUACAAGCAAGGCGAUAGGAUCAUUAAACAGGGCGACGAAGCUGAUGGCAUGUACUUUGUCCAGGAAGGAAUCGUGCGAAUAUUAAAGUUUGAUGAGGAAACUGGCAAAGAGCAGGAGCUGUCUCGAGUCGAGAAAGGCGGUUAUUUUGGCGAACUGGCGCUGAUCACUCACAAACCUAGGGCUGCUUCGGUGUACGCAAUAACUCCCGAUGUUAAAUUGGCAUUUCUCGAUGUGCACGCAUUUGAACGUCUGCUCGGUCCGUGCAUGGAUAUUAUGAAGCGCAACUUCAACCACUACGAGGAUCAACUAGUCAAGCUGUUUGGCUCCAAGUCUAAUGUAGCUGACCUGAGAUAA